AUGGAUCAAAACGAGAGCACCACUACUGUGUCAAUGUCGGACUCAAGCCCAAACUCUCACGCUGCUCCGGUCACAGUGACUGCUGAAGGGUCAUUGGUCAAGAUGGAGAAGGAGACCAAAACAGGAGAUACGUCGAUGAAGAGGAAAAGAGGGAGGCCGAGGAAGUACGAUCCCAACGCAAACUCGAUCAAACCGUUUGGAACGCCAGGGGAAUCCUCGACAAAGAGAUUGUUGAGGAAGAGAAGAGAUGGUCGGUCUGUGAGUCAUGGAGGAUGGGACUUCAGGGCACAUAUGCUCACAAUUAAUACCCAAGAGGACAUAAUCGAGAGGAUUAUGUCGUUCACGCAAAACGGUUCCCGAGGGAUCUGCGUUUUGUCAGCAAAUGGUGCGGUUUCUAACGUCAAGAUUCAACCUGUCGGCUUCAAUCACAAUGUCUUGACGUUUAAGAACCUCGUUAGCCAUAGAUUUGGAUAG